AUCCUUUUCUUUGUAACUGUCACAAAGCAAGCAGACAGAAGAAAGAGAGAGCCAUCUCCCCCACAGUUGUAUUGAAUUCUUGAUAUGGAUGCCACAGAAUUCCGAAGAAGAGGGAAGGAGAUGGUGGACUAUGUUGCAGACUACCUUGAGAAGAUAGAGAACAGACAGGUCUACCCUGAUGUGGAGCCUGGAUACCUGAGGCCCCUUAUCCCUGAUUCUGCUCCUGAGGAACCUGAGAGAUAUGAAGACAUCCUUAAAGAUGUUGAAAAGAUAAUUAUGCCUGGGGUGACUCACUGGCACAGUCCUUACUUCUUUGCCUAUUUCCCUACUGCAAACUCUUAUCCAGCACUUCUGGCUGACAUGCUGUCUGGAGCAAUUGGAUGUAUUGGGUUUUCUUGGGCUUCAAGCCCAGUUUGUACAGAACUGGAGACAGUCAUGCUGGAUUGGCUAGGAAAGAUGAUCAAUUUGCCUCCACAAUUUUUGGCUGAGAAGGAAGGAGAAGGAGGUGGGGUGAUCCAGGGCACUGCCAGUGAGGCAACGUUGGUUGCAAUGCUCGCAGCUCGAAUGAAAGCCAUCCACCGAGCCCAGUCAGAGAACAAAAACCUGACUCAGGGGGACAUUAUCGACCGGCUGGUGGCUUAUACCUCUGACCAGUUUUGUGCAACGCUUGGAACCACAACCUGUUGCUCCUUUGACAAGCUACUAGAACUGGGUCCAAUCUGUAAUCAGGAGAAUAUUUGGAUGCAUAUUGAUGCAGCCUAUGCUGGGAGUGCAUUCAUCUGUCCUGAAUUCCGUUACCUUCUCAAUGGGGUGGAGUUUGCAGAUUCAUUUAACUUUAACCCACACAAAUGGCUCCUUGUGAACUUUGACUGUUCUGUUAUGUGGGUAAAGAAGCGAUCCGAUUUAAUAUGUGCCUUUAAAAUAGAUCCUGUUUAUCUGAAGCAUGACCACCAGGAAUCUGGACUUAUAACAGAUUACAGGCACUGGCAGAUCCCUCUGGGCCGACGAUUCCGUUCCUUGAAACUGUGGUUUGUAUUUCGAAUGUAUGGUGUGAAAGGACUACAAGAACACAUUCGGAAGCAUGUCAAGUUAGCACAUGAGUUUAAGGACCUAGUGCUUCAGGAUGACAGAUUUGAAAUCUGUGCUGAUGUCAUACUAGGACUGGUUUGCUUCCGACUAAAGGGCAGUAAUGAACUCAAUGAAGCACUUCUUAAAAGCAUAAACAGUGCAAGGAAGAUUCAUCUUGUUCCAUGUGACAUGAGAGGAAAAUUUGUGCUGCGUUUCGCUAUUUGUGCCCGCACCGUGGAGUCCACCCAUAUCCAGUUUGCUUGGAAGCACAUCACAAUGUUAGCAAAUGAACUUUUGCAAUCACAGAAACUGCAAUAGUAAUGGCUAACAGCGGAAGACUUAAUUUACCUGAAGAUUGAAGCAAAGGCAACAGGCAAAUUGUAGUAAUAUUGUGUCUUGUGGCAUCCCUGAUAUUUUUGCAAAUUUAUCAUCAACAACAUAUGAUAAACAAAUACUUCUAAAGCUGUAACAAAAAUGGUAUAUAGGUAAUUAUUUGUGCUUUGCUGGGGCCACAACUACAUUUUCAGAAAGGACUGAACUCACUUCAUGUGACUUUGGUCAUUUCACACGAUGCCCUGAUGCAGUUUUGAAAAGUAUGCAUUGCUGCUAUUUUUAAACUGCACUGGGGCUCCUGUUCCAGACAGAUAGUGCUGGGUGGCUUUUGACAGCUCUAGGGUGAGGGCUUGUAAUGUGGCAAAAAUUGGAACCAUUGAAGUUUCCUCUCAGACAAGACAGCAUCACUGCCCAUCCAGUGCCAUGGAGGCUUUACAGCUGGCUGGUGGGGUUGUUUUUGUCAGGGAGGCAACUCCUGUAGCUCCUUUCCCCCUCAAUGGCAAGCAGGUGAGGCUGCCCGAACCCUGGUGGUUUUAAGUAGCAUCCAGAAACCUCCCAGUGCUCGCCAACGUGUGGGGGCUGGAGACUGUUCCAUAGCCUGUCUUAAUGCAAGGAUUCACAUUAAAUCAGGACAUGUGAAAGAAAUGUCACACCUUUUUUCAGAUAAACCAUAGUAAAACUUACUGUAGGUUAUCUGAAAUGUGUAGUUCCUGCCUAGAACAGGCCAAGACUCUUACAAUAUGGCUCUCUCUAAGAGCAGCCAACCAGAUGCUUUUGAUAGCUCUCAGUCAGUCCUAGCAUCUGGUACGCAGUGAUGUUCUAAAGAUAACAUGGCAGUUUCAUUUAACAAUCAUAUACAACAUCUUCACGAAUCAACCCAACUCACUUAAUUUUCUUAAGGUUUUCUUUAGCCCACCUAAGUUAAUGGCCAUCACCAGACAAAACAAAUCUUAACUUGAAGAAAGUAAAUAAACACUGCUCGUUAGCAAACAUUCUGAGAAAUUUUUACAAGGUGUUAUUAAUGAGAACAAAAUACAUUAUACGUCAUCAUAUUGCCAAUAGUGAUAUUUCCUCUGUUGAUUCUAGAGACUAAUGAUGAUUAAGAAAACUAUAUUUUUGCUUCUCUAGUAAAGCAUUCUUAAUUGUUUUCUGAAGUCUCAAUCCACUUUACAUUUUCAACUUCCUUUAUUUCAUAACUAAAUGGAAAUGAGAUGGAAAUUACAGAGUAGGUAUCUUUGGAACAUUCUGGGGUCAACUAAAUCUUUUUGGAUUAUAUUGUACCUAGAAAAGAAGGCCAAAUAAAAACGGGCGUUUGAGAGGAAAUUACAUAAUCUUGUCCUGUGACAGCUUUCCUUGUUGAAAUGGCCAUAUAGUAAUUAGGACAAGCUAUUGAUGCCACACGUGAAGCUGGAAUUAUGAAAAUAGUAAUUACAAUUUAGAUAUUGUAACAGCCUGAUUGUAAUUACAUUAUUGAGGAACAUGUUUAUAUACGUAACUUUCACUGAAGUACCUGUGCCUUGGACCAUAUCCUUAAUGUUACAAGGUUUGAUCUAAAUUCCCAUUACUAGAUUAUCAGAUGUACUCUAUUUUGUACAGUGAAAUGUUGAUUCAUAAUUCACGAUCUGGAUAGAUGCAUAUCUAUCCAGAACUCAGUGCUGCCCACAUAGAACGGGAUCUUCAGGAGUGUCUUUCAGGAAACUGGGCUACUUUUUUUUAUGUACUGACAGUAUCAUUUCAAACUGCAGACAGAGGUUUUUUGAAUGCUCUGUCAUACGGACUAGAUUUCUAUAUAGAAACCAGAUGUCAGGGAUAAGGCUAAACUAGAAUUUUUCUCUUUAAUAUUUAGGGAUCAUUCCAAUUGUUAUUCCCGAGAGUAGACUGAUUGAAUAAAGAGGGACUUAGUAAGUCAACAUCUA